AUUGACGUACGUUUUGUAUGAUUUGAAGUAGGGUCGAAGUUUUCAUUUUCAAAGUUUAGCGGAGAAGGGGGCGUAAAGCCGGGCUAGUACCGUGGCGCUCACAGCGGCCGGUUUCAUCAGUCGCCGACAUGGGCAGUCAGUGUUCAUCAUUUGUGAGUGCUCUUCGCUCUGGGACUGUCGAAGUAGGUGUUCACCGUCUGCAGUGUUCGGCUUCCGCGGUUUGCCAACUGUAAAAGAAGACCGAAAGAUGUGAUUGUGAGUCGAAGAGAGCUGCCCAUAAAUAAUCCCGACGUAAAUACCGAGGAGGCUAACCCCACUAACUGGCCUGAGGAAUGGCGGCCAACAACAAGGCGGCGCAAGGGAACAAGACGAUCUCGUCUAUAUUCUCCAAGCUCCACGUCGCCUUUUCCGACGCCGUCGCGCCUCCCAAGCUGGCGACGGACAAAAAGACGCUCGACAAGACUUGGAAGCUGAUGGACAAGGUGGUGAAGCUGUGCCAACACCCGAGGAUGAACCUCAAGAACUCCCCGCCGUUCAUACUCGACAUCCUACCGGAUACUUAUCAACGUCUCAGGCUCAUAUACUCGAAAUACGAGGACAGGAUGCCGUCCCUGCACAACAACGAACACUUCAACGUCUUCAUCGUCAACUUGAUGAGAAAGUGCAAACAGGCCAUUAAACUCUUCAAAGAGGGCAAGGAGAAGAUGUUCGACGAAAACUCCCAUUACAGGAGGAAUCUGACGAAGCUCAGCCUCGUCUUCAGUCACAUGCUCAGCGAGCUGAAGGCCCUCUUCCCCAACGGUGCUUUCGCCGGGGACCAAUUUAGGAUAACCAAGAGCGACGCUGCAGAAUUCUGGAGAAUUAAUUUUGGAAACAGCACUCUAGCGCCCUGGAAAGUGUUCAGGCAGGUCUUGAACGAAGUCCACCCCAUUAGUUCUGGAUUAGAAGCCAUGGCUUUGAAAUCCACUAUUGAUCUGACAUGCAAUGACUACAUAUCAAAUUUUGAGUUUGAUGUAUUUACAAGAUUGUUUCAACCCUGGACUUCGUUAUUGAGGAACUGGCAAAUCCUUGCAGUUACCCAUCCAGGUUAUGUAGCUUUUCUUACUUACGACGAGGUCAAAGCAAGGUUACAUAAAUACAUAAGUAAACCUGGAAGUUAUGUUUUUAGACUAAGUUGUACAAGGUUAGGCCAAUGGGCUAUUGGGUAUGUAACAGCAGAUGGCGAUAUAUUGCAAACGAUACCUCAAAACAAGUCCUUAUGUCAAGCUCUUUUAGACGGUUAUAGAGAAGGAUUUUAUUUAUACCCUGAUGGGCGAAAUGUAAAUCCUGAUCUGUCAUGGGCGGUCCAGUCUACACCUGAAGACCAUAUCAAAGUCACCCAAGAGCAAUAUGAACUGUACUGUGAAAUGGGUUCAACGUUCCAGUUAUGCAAAAUUUGUGCAGAGAACGAUAAAGACGUGAGAAUAGAACCAUGUGGCCACCUCCUCUGUACUCCUUGCCUCACUUCGUGGCAGGAUUCAGAAGGUCAGGGUUGUCCAUUUUGCCGGGCGGAGAUCAAAGGCACUGAACAAAUUGUGGUCGAUCCUUUUGAUCCAAAGCGACAGCACAAAGCCGGCAGUUUACCCGCUUCUUACGUAGCGGAGGAGGAUGACGAUGAGGUGUAUCAAAGGCGAAGGUGGUCAAAGAGGAAAUGCCGACGGCAUCGAAGGGAUAUGGCACUUUUGUGGAACCACAACCACACAAGCCUUCAGGCAUUGUCACUUUCCCCUAGAUGCGAUCCCUUUGAUAGCCGGGGUGGGCGAAGUCCUAUGAUUUCUCCAAGAGGCUCUCCUCACAUGGCGAGAAGGCCUGCACCUCCUGUGCCACCUAGAAGAUCGCCACCACUUCCCAUAAUGUCAGUUCCUAAAGAAGAUGCUCCUCCGCCACCGCCUGUCACACCUUAUUCCCAAGUCCAGCACCAAUCUACUUCCACCACAGAAGAUUCUCGUUAUAACUUGGUAGAAGGAAGGAUGAGCAUGGAGAGUAGAGUGCAGUCAUGUCCCUCACUUUCACCUGCUAUGAUAAAUCAACAGCUACCCUGCAAAUCUCAAACAACACCUGUGUUCAGUACGGGAGUUGAAAGGCGGGGUUCUGCAGACAUGUUGUUUAAACCUUUGCCACCGAUGCCGGUUCAUUCCUCACCAACUCCUCCAUCGUCAGCCCUGCUACAACCCCAAGUCCAUUAUGCCGAAUUAGCAAAUAUAACUGAAGAAGCAAGUUAUGAAAACACCAUAAUUAUGCCUGGUAAGAUUACAAUGGUUAAGCCGGUAUACUGUGCAACAACUAGUGUAGAACUUCUACCCACGGUUUCGACUCAUCAUGUGAAAUCUCCCAUAUCGGAUGCAAGUACAAGACUAGUCGUAGAUUUAUGUAAACCAAUUCCUUCUCGAGGAUCUUCAGUAGAGUCGACAGCUUCAGCAACGAGCAACUCGUCAAUUGUAAGGUUAUCGCCUGAUCCAACAUCAAUGUCUCCAUAUGAAAAUCUAAAUAUGGACCACAUUGCUAAGUUAACUUCAGAAGGCUAUGCUCAAGAAGCUGUAAUAAGGGCUCUUGGAAUAACAAGGAAUGAUGUUGCGAUGGCUUGGGACAUUUUACACGAAUUUGUUGCCAAGCAGACAUCUUAAAAAUUUGACAAUUUCUAAAUUAUGUAAAAAAUUUCAUUAUUUAAUUUCCUAUAAUGACCUAAUUUUUUUAAUUAUCGACAAGAAAAUAAUAUAAAACAGACUUAUUAAUAUAAAUAUAAAGUGUGUGUACAUGUUUUUGUUUUAAUGUAAAUAAACAUUAUUAUAUUUUCACAAAUUCAUCUUGAUCGUGUGUGAAUUAUUAAUUCACAGAAAGGAAUCAUUCCUGACGUUCUUCUUCUUUUUUUCUGUGUUUUAAUGUAAACAUAUAUUUCAGGUUUUAUCUUUUGAGGUUUUUACCUAGGUGUUAAUUAUUAGCUGAACGUUUUAAUUUCUUAAAAAAAUUGUGUAAGUAAUAUUUUUAGAAAUCGAAUUGUUUUAAUAAUUCAAUUGUGAACUUUCCUAAAGUGGUGAUGCUGAAUUUGAUUGCAAGACAAUGAAAUUGAAGUCGGUCCUAAUGGCCAUUCAUAAUUUUAAUACAAAUAUUAUUAUAAAUUAAUAAUAUUAUAAUAAAUAAAAAGUU